AUGUCGAGGGCCGUCAGGAUCCGCGGCGACGAGCUGGAGACGACGGAGCGGGAAGCGAAGAGGCGAAGCGUGGCAGAGGAGGGGCAGGGGACAGCUCUCCACUCCACAAGCCCUAGAUCUCCGGGCGAGCUAGCUGUUCGGACUUCCCAUCCAGAGAUACACUUGGCGAUCUUCGAGCCCAACAAAGCCCAAUCGGAAGCAAAACAAGAUCGUGUGUACGAUGUGGUCGAGUCCGUGGCGGAGGAAUCCUCCGAUCCACUCAGCCCCCCGAUCUACCAACCCUACAUUCCCGACGAGCUAGUUGAUGAUCUGGACGUACUCGCUGACUUCGAGGACGCCAAGGCUAAGUACGAAGCAGAACGGGAUCGUCGAGCUAACCUCUUCACUAUGGAGCAUCACUGCUAUAAAGCACCCUCCUCCCUGUUCAAGACCCAUCGAUUGCUUCCUAUUCUUGAACAAGCAAGGGAUGCAACACUUCUUGCUGCUAAAUCUGUGAUUUUGCUCUCAUCAUUUGUCGAGAGUGACCCACUGAACAAGUGUUCUGGUUUAUGGUUUGAAAGCGACGAUCAUAGCAAAACCGCCCUUGUUUUGACAUCCGCUCAGCUCAUUCGUGAAAAGAAAGAACCAAAAAACCCAUUCGAGUGGAAGGUGCAGUGGACAGGCAAUUAUCAUCGUCAGGCUAAGGUCAUUGUUCACUUGCUGGACAACACAGCUGUGCCUGCCAGCCUCCUCUAUCUCCAGGAGCAUUAUGAAUUUGCUAUUUAUAAGGUUCAAGUGGACAAACCAGUUCAGUUGGCUACUUUUACCGAGUGCGUGCGUUCUGGUCAAGAUGUUUUCAGACUCGGGAGAGAUGAAAAUCUGAAUCUUAGUACAACUCAUGGUAUGGUGGCUUAUAAUAUUCCAUCCUGGUAUGAGAGAUGUCACUAUAUGUAUUUGUCUUGUGAUCCAUCUAGUCCCUCACUGCUUCGUGAUGAUGGAGGACCCAUCAUUGAUUUAGAAGGGAAAGUUGUGGGUCUAGUUAACAACCAUAUUAAGGAGACAUUCAUACCUUCGUUCUUAUUGCACAAGUGCUUGGAUUUUUGGAGAAGAUUCAAUUGUAUGCCUCGCCUCCAUCUUGGAAUGACGUUUACUUCAAUAAAACAUUUAGAUCCUAGCUGUAUUGAGAGAAUGACUCGUAAUCAUAACAUCGAGUCCGGUCUUAUUGUUGAGCAGGUGUCUAAAGGAUCUAAUGCUGAGAAAAUUGGAAUUCGUGAGGGUGAUGUUAUUGAAAGCUUUAAUGGAAAGUACAUUUCUACUACAAUUGAGUUGGAGCAGAUGUUGAUAGACAUAUGCUGGGAUCAUUUUGAUCAAGGAAAAGAGUUAUAUGCUGAAAAAGAUGUCUCCGUGAAAAUAUUUGAUGCCAUCAAACAUCGCCGGAGAACUAGAAACUUGACUGCAAUUGUAUCGGAUCUUGGAGAAGACAUUGUGGAAGGCACUUACCCUAUCAUGCGAAAAGAAGCCAUGCCAGUCUCGUAA